AGUGGACUUGCCCAUAACCUGUUACCGCAUGUGGAAAGGGCGAAGGCACUAGGAAAUGAACACUUGGUUGUGUGUGAAUGAGAGCAUCAGCGUAAGCAUACCGAAACAUAAAUAUUCUCGCUCCCAUUCCUAUUCUUUUCCGCCAAACCCACUCCCACUCCCUUCUUUUCUGCGCCUCAAAUCCGUUUCUUCUCUCCCCAAACAACAAGCCUUAAACGUCUCUUUGACUCGCCACUCAACUCACUCACUCCAAAUGGCCGAUUCUUCCAUCUCCGAUUCCGACUCCAGCCAUCCUCAUCCAGAGUAUGCAGAGAUUGUUGUGGUGCGUCAUGGUGAAACAGCAUGGAAUGCUGAUGGAAGAAUUCAGGGACAUCUAGAUGUUGAAUUAAACGAAGCUGGAAGACAGCAAGCAGCUGCAGUGGCUGAUAGACUAUCCAGGGAGCCUAAGAUCUCUUUUAUAUAUUCUUCCGACUUGCAACGAGCUUAUGAAACAGCACAGAUUAUUGCAUCCAGAUGUGGAGGGCUAGAGGUUAUCAAGGAUUCUGACCUACGGGAAAGACACCUAGGGGAUCUUCAAGGCCUUAUUUAUCGUGAAGCAGCAAAGACUCAUCCCAUAGCCCACAAAGCUUUUUCAUCUAGGAAUGAAGAUCAAGAAAUCCCAGGUGGUGGAGAAAGUAUUGCCCAGCUUUUCCAGCGCUGCACAUCUGCAUUGCAGAGAAUUGGAAGAAAGCAUAAAGGGGAGAGAGUAGUAGUUGUUACUCACGGAGGAUUCAUUCGAUCACUUUACAGGUGGGCGUGCCCAAAUGGGAGGCCUGCUGGGAAGAUACAUAACACAUCAGUGAAUGUUUUUCACAUGUACGGUGAGGACAAAUGGACCUUAAAAUUGUGGGGUGAUGUUAGCCAUCUUAGCCAAGAUGAGUUUCUGGCAUCAGGGUUUGGGGGUGACAGAACUUCAGGUUAGGCUGUAAUACCAAUCCUUGCUUGUCCUUACCACUGAUUAUGGUUGCUUCUCUUCCAAAUGUAACAAUAAAGUGUUAGUUUUGAGCAAGAAGAGAAGGAAAGAAUUUUAGGCUUGUUAAUUUACACUUUUAUAGCUUAGUAGCAACUAGAGAUCACUCGGGUAGUUCAUCAACCUCCAUUGAGUUAUUAUUAUUGUUAUUGUUGUAAGCUUAAUUUUUACAUUGUGUAAUUCCUUCAUAAAUUUGAUUGAUUGUGCACUUCCCAA